CUAUAUUUUUCGAUGGAAUAAACUAACUUUUCAAUGUACAAUUGGUAGGUUUGCAAAUUGUAGAAACACAGAAAACUUUCAUUUCCCAGCAACCAGCAACACCUCUAGGCUAUUGUUCCCACCAUUGAAAUGGCGGAGGAAACGGAGCUCAAUCUUUCAAAAAUCACACUCCGGCCAUAUAACGCUUCCGACAUUGAUGACUUCUUGAUGUAUGGUGGAGAUGAGAAAGUGACACGGUUCACCCGGUGGAACACCUUCUCCUCCAAGGAAGAAGCUCUUUUCUAUAUCAAGGACUAUUGCAUUCCACACCCUUAUUGCAGAUCCAUAUGCAUAGACGACCGUUCAAUUGGGUUUAUCAUCAUCACGCCACAGUCCGGGGAUGACCGUUUCAGGGCAGAUGUCGGAUAUGCCUUGGCUGCUCAGUACUGGGGGCAAGGCAUAACAACUAGAGCAGUGAAGAUGGCCAUCACUGAAGGGUUGAGAGAAUUCCCAGAUGUGAUUAGGUUUCAAGCUUUGGUUGAAUUAGAGAACAAGGCUUCUCAGAGGGUCUUGGACAAACUUGGGUUCCUCAAGGAAGGUGUCAUGAGACAGUAUAGCUUCAAUAAAGGUAAGGCCAGGGAUAUGGUCAUGUACAGUUAUUUAUCUACUGAUGAUCCUAUGCCUUGAACUGUCCCUUCUCCAGCCUUCAGCUUAUAUUAAAGCCACCACUAAGUUUCAUACCGUGUAUCUGAUACGAUUGUUUGUUCUUUUCAAUUGUUACCAAUGUCAUAUAUCAUAUUUACCAAAGGGAAAUGAUGCAUCGACCAAAUCUAAAAAAAGUAGGAGAUUAUAUAAAAAGGAUGUGUUUGAUCAUUCUGGGUAGUGGAAAUACAUUGAGGUGUUGCUGGAACAGAACCGUCAACAUAACCGAAUAAAUGAGUGCCUUUCAAGUAAGGAACAACCUUGGGCACGCCAGAGAAGAAAGCUAUCACAGGUGAGCUAAAUGGAAAUGAAGGGAUGGGGAUAAGGGAUGUUGGUGGGGAGGGAAUGAGAGCAGAUGUAGAGUUGGGAAAUGAGGAGGUCGUAAGGAUUUACAACGGUGGUCACUGUGGCUCGUGAUACCAUCUAGAGAUUUAGGGGUUUGAUAAAAAUGUCUGCCUUACCUUUAACAAAGGUAUCAGCUUGUAUUUAGAGAAAUGGAUUUGUACAAAAGUUUGGUAUCCUGAAAGGAUUACAUAUUUGAAUUUGAACUGAAUAAAUGAGAUAAGAUAAACAACAUUGAAAUUGAAGUUAACCAAACUUAUCACUAUUUUGAAAAAGGUCUUUGUUCAGUGUAUGACUUUAACUUUGAGUUGUUUGUUGCUGAUGUGGAUGAGUCUGUAACACUGAUCAUCGGACCAGAUUCUCAAUGCUAUCAAGAAGCAUCGACAUAUCUUGAAAAGGUUGCCAUACCCCACCCAUGGCAGUCUAUAUGUUUGGAUGACCAUUCGGUCAGCUACAUUUCAAUCAGACUAGAAUCCGACGAGGACAAAUGCAGAGCGCACAUCAACCAUGUGGGCACAUUUUUUUUUUUUUUUGGGGGGAGGGGGGUGGGGGGGCGCGUCCCAUGGCAUUGAAUAUGGCGUUCUCUGGUAGGGUGCUUGAAGGUUCCCAAGGUAUGAUGAGGAUUUGAGACUUUGGUAGAGGUGGAAAAUAAGGGAACUCUAAAAGGAGGCUAUGGUUGUUCAAUAUGCAUGAUUGUCUGAUUGACCUGCAAAAUCUGCAAUUAAAAUUAGAUUAAUUGUCACCCAAACAUGUAUUUAUCAAGUCUAGACAACAAAAUAUUCUUCCCAGAAGCUAUUCCAUUUAUGAAAUCCUUUAAAGCAGAAAGUGUUUGGAUUCUUAAUAUUAUUUCCAGAUCAAAUAUAAAAGUUUGAUAGCAUCUAAUGGAUUUUCGCUGCUCCACAUAUGACAUUCUUAAUUAAAGCUGAAGUCUUUGGAUUCCUAAAAUUAUUAUCGGAU